ACUGGAAUAACUGAGGCUGGAUGGGUCACUUGGCUCAAGUACAGACUUAAUGUCCUUUUUUUUUCACAGCACAUGUAGGGUCUCUAUGAAACAAAAAGACAAGAACUUCUACAUGGUUGCUCAGUUAAGGAUUUAAGCUAUAAUACUUAAUACACAUCUUUACGUUAAUCUCUCUUUACAGGUUUUCCAUCUGACUUCAAAUGCGAACCUUAUCUUGCUAGACUGGCUAAUUGCUGGACGUAUUGCUCUGGGAGAAGUUUGGGAAAUGAUCAGUUUUGCAAGUGAAAGCAAGGUUUAUGUGGAUGGAAAGCUUGUACAUGGAGAUGCUAUUAGGCUUGAUCGUGAUCUUGUAAAUGUGAAGGAUAACAUGUGUUCUCUGCAAAAAGCUUUAGAAUAUACUAAGGCGCUUGGAUCUUGUGUAUUCAUUGGACCUCAGUUUAGAGAGCUUAAGUGGAAAAUUCAAGAGAAAGUUAAAAGCUUAUCAGAUCCAAGUGAUGGUUUCACUGUUUCCGCAAGUGUUUUAAACCAACCACUAUGUGAUGGAGUAGUGAUAAAGCUACUUGCGGCACAGAGCACAGAACAGGCUCGCUCCUUUUUCAGAAGCGUGAUUGAAUACACAAGGGAGUGGCUUGGGAGUAAUCCUUUGGAAAAAUAGACGGGAGAGAACACAACCCCAUAUUUGAUACCUCGAACGAAGAAAGUAAGGGCGUGGCACAUCGGGGAAAGAGACCAAAUCUUCCAAGAUGGCCUCGUUGUCAUGAAGGGGAUGCAUGGAACCGAAGUAGCCAGUGAGAGUGAAGAUUACCUAACAGUUGAAUCCUUUAAAAUGAAGAAUGUUAUGCAGGCUCUGCAUUCGCUGAUUAACAUGUGCACCAACAGUCUAUUAACACAUAAAGGCAGUACACAUUUCACUGAAAGUACCAUAACCAUCGCCGGAUUCAUCCCCAGUUCUUCGAGGCUUUUUGUAUCAUCUUGCGGCAGAACGUAACACGGGCUGUGAUGCUGUUAUGGCAAGGAACUCUUCGUAGACUCAGUGCAGAUUGUGUGAAAUAUGACAUAAGUGUCUAAUUUUUAAUUUAUCCAAGGCUAGGCAACCGACUUCACUCUACAUUAUGUUCUGAAACGCUCCCCUCUGGCGUUGUGUGACAUCCAAGGGAACGGCUGCGAAGGAUCACGCUUAACUGUCACUUUUCGUGAUAUUCGUCACGAAAUCCAUCGUGCCCGUUCAUCGCAGCUAUUAGCUAUGACCUCACCGAUAAUUUUCUCCAAACAGCCGAAUAUCUGGAGAUAAAAAUUUCCAGAGUUAAAAAACUAC